CUCCGAGGGGCGGGCGCGCGAGCGCGGCUCAGCUCGAUCUGUCCGCCGAGCGGACUGAGCUGCAGGGCGAGCGCGGCCGCGGGAGGCGGGCGAUGGGGGCAGGUGCCGCCGGCUGCGCCAUGGACGGGCCGCGCCUGCUGCUCCUGCUGCUCCUGGGGGUGGCCCUCGGAGGGGCUGAUGAUGAGACGUGUUCCACGGGCCUCUACACCCACAGCGGCGAGUGCUGCAGAGCCUGCAACCUGGGCGAGGGCGUGGCCCAGCCUUGUGGCGCCAACCAGACCGUGUGUGAGCCCUGCCUGGACAGCGUGACGUUCUCGGACGUGGUGAGCGCCACGGAGCGGUGCAAGCCGUGCACGGAGUGCGUGGGGCUGCAGAGCAUGUCGGCGCCCUGCGUGGAGGCGGACGACGCCGUGUGCCGCUGCGCCUACGGCUACUACCAGGACGAGGCGACGGGCCGCUGCGAGGCGUGCCGCGUGUGCGAGGCAGGCUCGGGCCUCGUGUUCUCGUGCCAGGACAAGCAGAACACCGUGUGUGAGGAGUGUCCCGAUGGCACGUACUCGGACGAGGCCAACCACGUGGACCCGUGCCUGCCGUGCACGGUGUGUGAGGACACGGAGCGGCAGCUGCGCGAGUGCACGCGCUGGGCGGACGCCGAGUGCGAGGAGAUCCCUGGCCGUUGGAUUACAAGGUCCACGCCCGCCGAGGGCCCUGACAGCACGGUCCCCAGCACUCAGGAGCCGGAGCUGCCUGCAGACCCCGACCUCACUGGCAGCACAGUGGCGGACGUGGCGACCACCGUAAUGGGCAGCUCUCAGCCUGUGGCCACCCGGGGCACCGCAGACAACCUCAUCCCGGUCUACUGCUCCAUCCUGGCCGCUGUGGUGGUGGGGCUCGUGGCCUACAUUGCCUUCAAGAGGUGGAACAGCUGUAAGCAGAACAAGCAAGGGGCCAACAGCCGGCCGGCGGACCAGACGCCCCCGCCCGAGGGGGAGAAGCUGCACAGCGACAGUGGCAUCUCCGUGGACAGCCAGAGCCUGCAUGACCAACAGCCCCACACACAGACGGCCGCGGGCCAGGCUCUCAAGGGGGACAGCGGCCUGUACAGCAGCCUGCCCCCGGCCAAGCGGGAAGAGGUGGAGAAGCUGCUCAACGGCUCGGCCGGGGACACCUGGCGGCACCUGGCGGGCGAGCUGGGCUACCAGCCGGAGCACAUAGACUCCUUCACCCGUGAGGCCUGCCCCGUGCGCGCCCUGCUCGCCAGCUGGGCCGCCCAGGACAGCGCCACGCUCGACGCCCUCCUGGCCGCCCUGCGCCGCCUGCAGCGAGCCGACAUCGUGGAGAGCCUGUGCAGCGAGUCCACGGCCACGUCCCCGGUGUGAGCCCCCAGCCCCGGCCCCGCCCCCGCGUUCCGACCACGACCACCACCACCACCACCGCUGAGGCUCCCGCCAGUGCCCAGGGGCCCGGCCCGAGAUCACAGCCCU